AUGAAAAAGGACAUUCCACUUGUCAUCACUUUGUUACUUGCUCAGUGUCGACUAACAGAUCAGGCGCAUUUAAUCAACACAGCAUUUCUUGGCAUCUCACUUGCUAUCUCGUUAUUGCUCUUUCAACGUGGUUUUCUUUUGAAACGGGUUGAACUCUCGUCUCGUAGCUCGUGUUCCGACGUAGCCACUCCACGUGGGGCCUGCUGGCUUCCGGCUCAGUACGAUCGAGCUGUCAUCAUUCUUAUUGAUGCUUUGCGCCAUGACUUUAUCCUGCCACCGACUGAUCUCAACAACACCGCUGCUUAUUUGGGUCAUAUGCAUACGAUCGCUGGUCUACUUGCCAAUCAUAGCGUUAUGGAGGAUAACUGGAUCGAUCAGAUUGUCGCAACAAAUCGAAGUAUCAUUAUGCUUGGCGAUAGUACUUGGGUAUCUCUUUAUCCGACUCAGUUCAAGCGCAGCUAUCAUGCACCAUCUUUCGAUAUCAACGAUAUCCAUACAGUCGACCGGCUGCUAAUGUUUUUUUUUUUUUUUUUUUUUUCAGAAAACCUCUACAAAGAGCUGUCAAAAUCAGAUUGGAAUGUGCUCCUUGCACACUUCCUAGGCGUUGAUCAUUGCGGCCACAAAUAUGGUCCCGAUCAUCCGGCAAUGGCUCGCAAACUGAAACAAAUGAAUGGAGUGAUAAAGAAAGUGCUCAAGUACAUAGACAAUAGAACGUUGCUGGUGGUAAUGGGCGAUCACGGAAUGACCGAAACUGGUGACCACGGUGGUGAUGAAGCACUCGAAACUACCACUGCCUUGUUUAUGUACUCAAAGAAACGGCUGCUUUUUGCGGAUCCACCACAUUCAGUGUCACAGGUGGACAUCGUGCCAACAUUGAGUCUGCUGCUGGACAUGCCAAUUCCGUAUUCGAGUAUUGGGACGUUGAUUGAUUGUGUCAUCGAUCCAGAACAUCGAUCGGUGGCAAUAAACAGUAAUGCGGAACAAAUGAUGCGCUACGGGCGAACGGUUGUUGCGGAAACAGAUUUUGUGUGUUGUAAUAAUCGGUAUCGUUUUAGCAUUUCAAUUAGCUCGCUGAUUUUUCGCUCUGGGUUAUUUUUCGUGCAAUGCUCAGCAUUCAUAAUCGGUGAAGAGGAGCAUCUCAUAAUUAUUCUGGGCGCUUCACUAUCGUUCUCGCUGAUUAUUCGCGUCAUUCGAACCGUCUCAACAUUAUUUUCAUUUACCUCAUCAAUGUGGGAUAUUUUCAUGUUCUGUUUGAUCACAGCACAUGCCCUAUCAUUCUUUUCUAACAGCUAUAUCGUGUUCGAGUCAUCCGCGAUACGUUUCCUCACGCAAACCGCUGUUGCAGUGGCGUUCUGGCAAUCGUUUUCAUACAGGCCGCGCAGCCAUCGGCAACGACCUACAAAAUCGUUUUCGAAGAUUUUGAAGAGCCGCUACGGUCUGCAUCGUUUUGCUGCCUUUGUUGGAAUUAUCAUAUGCUUGCGAUUGGGUGUUUAUUUCGAAAAAUGUCGAGAGGAACAGCAAAGUGAGUUGAAGAUGGCGCGUUUCCUGUUUGGUAUUUUUGUUGUGGGAGGUGCUUUGCAUUAUGGAGCAAAAUCCUUGAAUAGUCAUCCAUCAGAAGUGUGGAAUUCGUCGCUACUUUUUCCAGCUCCCCUUACCAUAGUACUUCAUUGGAUGACGUACUGGUUGUCCGAAGAGAUGGCAGCCCGUAAUCCUCAAUUUCCACUCUUAACUGCUCAGAUUGUUUAUGGCUUAUCGAUCCUGAGUGUAAUACUUCUGGCCUGUCGCAUUACAAUGGGAGAAAACAUCACGAAUAUGUAUGGCUGCUCUCUGUCCUAUUUAUUCUCCAUAGCUGCUUCUUUAAUACUAAUUCUGGGCGAUGGCCUUGUAUUUAGUUUUGUCACUCUUAUUGUAAUAAUGUUCCUCAUCCGACAUGUUACCGAGGAUGAGCAUUAUCAACUAACGAUCAUUGUGCUGUUGAUGUCGCACGGCUUCUUUGCGCUAUCGCAUCAGCCAGUAUUUUCAUCGAUUCCAUGGCAAGCGGCCUUCAUCGGUAUCCCGGGUAAUUUCUCAUGGCAAGCAUUGCCAGCCACACUGGUCAUUAUGCAUAUCUUCGCGGCCCAUAUUAUCGUUUGUGCUGCACUGCCAAUGUUCAUGACUCAACAACUGGAGCAUCAUUACGGCCUAGCUCAUUGGUCUUACAAACUACUUUUCUUUUAUUCCCUGAAGGUUUGUAUAACUUUUCUCGUCUUCUUUAAAAUAUUUACUUUUUCCAUCUAG